GCUGUCUCAGCCCGAGCAGAGGCUUCAGAGGUGUGAACACAUCCUGUUUACAUCUGCCGCGGGACAGGGAGGCUGCGGGGAGCGCUGGGCUCCGCACGGGCGGGAGCGGCCCCGCAAUGGACGCGGUGCCCGUGUACCACGGGGCCAUCAGCCGGGAGGCCGGGGAGAGGCUGCUGCUGGCCGCGGGCACGGACGGCAGCUACCUGCUGAGAGACAGCGAGAGUGUGCCCGGGGUCUACUGCCUCUGCGUGCUGCAUCAGGGUUAUGUUUAUACCUACAGAGUGUCCCAGACAGAAAGCGGAUCCUGGAGUGCUGAGACAGCUCCUGGCAUCCACCGGAGGCUCUUCCGCAARGUGCACAACCUCAUUUUGGCCUUCCAGAAACCCAACCAAGGCAUUGUCACACCCCUGCAGCACCCCGUCGUCAACCUCGGGAAACUCAACUGCUCCCCAGGGAGGAAUGAARGCUCUGAUGUCCACCUGCAGCCAUCGUGAGGAUGUCUCCCCAAGUGUGACAUAACCCCAACUUCCAGUGUCUCUCCAUGCUUUCAAACAGAAUGAUUUGUGUGGUAGUAAAUACAACUCUGUGAGUUUUCUUGUAACAUUUGCAAAAUGUGUAUUUCAUAGAAUUUAUAGCUCAAAAUGCAGAAAUUGAUGUUUCAGAAUACUUUGAACUUAAGGUGCGAUAUUUUUUGGUUUUGUUUUUGUUGUUCCUGAGAGGAUAAAACCCAUGAAUUGCUAAAUCCUUUAUGUCUUUUUUCUUUCCCUUUGUACUGCCAAGUAAAAGAUAUUUUUCGCUUCAAAAUUAGUUCUUAAUUAGUAAUUAGCUAUUAAUUUUACUUUGCUUAACUUUGGAUUCUGCUUUGCUUUGUUCUGGUUGACAUUUAUGCAGAACUGAGCAAGUCCCUUUUAGAGCCUCAGGAGAAUUGUUCACAUUAAAGUGUCCUUGCCUUGGGUGGGCUGUAUGUUUGUCAUUCAUACAGUUCCUAAAGUCAUUCCAGAAGUGACACCAUGAGGAUCCCMACUAACUGAUUUCCCAUCAAACCAGUUGCUCUGCCCUGUAAUAAAAUCUGUACUUUUCACCAAUGACCAGGAGCUUAAGCAGUGCAUGAAGGAACUGGAAACAGCCAGCAAAGUGGAAAGCCUUGUUCUUUGCUUUUAGGUGCUCCCUGUACUUGAAACAAGCCAUCCUCGCAUACAAGUUUAAAAAAUAAAUUAUUUUUGCAUGACAAUUGUGUGAGUGAGACAGUGAGGGUAAUAAAAGAUUUUCUGUGAAGCCAAGUUUCUUGUA